AAGCAAUAAAACAUCAUGUUCGCAGACAAUGGCUGAAAACACCACGCAUAAUGACAGCUGAAGUUUCCUCGAUUUUAGGUUAUUUUCCUUGGUUUUAAUCUUCGUUUACGCGAAUGUCGUCCAAUGUUGUAUUUGUGAGUUUGUUCAAAGUCAACAAACAUCUCCGACACCAAUGACUUUUUCUGGAAAUUACAGCACCAUGAAAUAGGGCUAAGUUGACCCUAAACAAAUGGAAUUUACACUUUCUGAGAUGGACGAAGAGAAGUCAGAAUCGUGCUCUAAAGAUGAGACGUUUUCAGGAAAUCUCGAUCAAAUUGAUUCCAGCAUAACACCAGACGUCUCUCUCGCAGAAGUCACCAACUCCCUAAUUCAGUCUGAUGUAAAAAUCAGCAAGGAUACUACUUCGGUUCAGGAGAAACUGGAACAAGUCGCUCAAACUAAAACAGAUUCAGUAUUAGUAAAUAACAAUGGAAAGUCUAGCUCUUUGAUAGAAGAAAACAGUAUUAUUUUGCCUAUUAAAAGUUCUACUUCUUUAAGUGAUCUGUCGAAUGAGUUUUCAAAAUGUCAAGCAUUGUCUAAGGAUGCAGACCUUUCGAAAGAAAAACCACUUCUUAAAUCAUCUUCCUAUGGGGAUGUUAGAUUAUCAAAUACUGUUUCUGAUAAUGUUAGACAACCAAGAAGUGAGCAUGAAGAAUCAAUAGCAGUAUGCAACGAAGAUGAAGAAACACUUUUCAGUACCAAAUUAUACAUGGACACUCAGCAAACACAUCUCUUGGAGAAAAAUGUUAUAGAACAACAUAAAAGUUGGGACAUUCAAAAUGCUCUUCACACAGGAGAAAAUGUAGUACAGAAUUCUAACAUGAGUAACAAACUGAUGGAACCUAAUGAUCCUACAAAUGAUUCAAAACAAAAAUUCCAAUCCAUUGGAAAUACCAGAUCACAGAGUAACAUAAUAGUUCGUCCUACUUUGGCUGACGAUAGUAAAUUGGUUAAAAUUUCACUGCCAACGAAUCCAAUUAAUAUAAUGCAAUCCAAUGCCCAGUUCCUGAACAAGAGCCGCAAUUUCUUAAACUUCAUUACAGAAAAAUCGACAAACAUAAUGGAGAAAGCAUUGCUACCGCAACAUUUAACUGUAAAAUAUAAUUCAGUAAUGAAGUCUAUAGAUAAUUAUAACGAAAAAAAACACGUGGAAGAACCUUGUAGUACCAAAUCUCCAUUAAAGGAACCAACGUUUCGAACCGAAUCAAACUUAAUGGAUAAAACGAACGCUAUCCUGUAUCCAUCGAAAAGUUCCAUGGGUCUGCAGAAUGAAAGAGAUAGUUGUACAAAGGAUUCUGAAAAUAAAAUAACUCUUACAAAUACACAUGAUGAAACACACGUUAAUACUGAAAAGAAUGAUAAGAAUAACGAUGAUAUUAGCGAUUGCAUACAAAAUAACACAAAUCAAGUUGAAGCACCUAUUACUGACAAAAGUAACGAACGGAACGAUAACGUACUCUGCAUGGAAGCGAACGAGAAUUGUACCGAUACCGAUUCCAUGGUAAUAAUUUCGGAGGGCAACAACAAUUCUUCUGAAAAUUUGAAACUGAGUUUACUGAAACACCCAGCAUACCUCACUUUAUUAAAAGAUUACGCAGAUUUAAAAACUAAGUACUUAAAAUUCCAAGAGAAAGUCGAAUACGUGGAAGAAAGAAAUCGAAUGUUAGAAGCAGAAAAUAAGGGAGAAAUCUAUUCUGUACAAAUUGAUAAUUUAGAGAAAACGAUAAACAAACUUACGUUCGAACUGCAUACGUCGUUAGCAACACAGGAGACGCUUAAAAAAGAAUAUAAUGCCGCUAAUAAAGAGAGAGAAAGCAUGGUAAUGAAAUAUGCAGUUAGCGAGAAGCAACUGAUCGAUACUCAAAGGGCAAGAGAAUACGCAGAACGCAAAGCAAAAGAAAGCGGAAAACAACAGGAAUUGCUUCAAAGUAAACUACGCGAAAUGCAAGGAGAACGAACGAGGAUAUGUAAUAUUUUGGAUGGACGAUGUCGCGAAGUAACUGAGCUCCAAAAAGAAGUUGAAAAAUUGAAGGAGGACGUAAAUAUGAGAGACAUCAAAUUAAAAUGGACUCAAAACAAACUCAAAACGGAAAUGGACUUGCAAAAGGAAACUCAACAAAAACUGGAUAAAGCCACAACUAGAAUCAGCGAAAUGAAAGAGGAAUGCGAACAGAUACGCAAAGAGACGCAGGAAUCGAUGCGUCAAUUCCAACAGUCAGAGGAAAAUAAAGCAGUCACGUUGGAUCAACAAUUAAAAGAACAACAAGCACGCCUAAUAUUAGAAAGACACGUUACGGAAGAUAAAGAAAUGCUGAGGCUUCAAUUACAAAAGGAAGUGGAGACCCUGAAGCAUAGACAACAAGUCUUGAUCGAAGAAAAUAACACGCUCAGUUUAAAGAUACAGGAUACAGAACAAAAACGUUCAGUCUGCGAGAGUAAUCUGGAUAACUUGAAAAUUCUAGCUGAUCAACGUCAGAAAGAAAUUAUAGAGUUGCACGGUAAAGUAUCGGAGUUGGAUACAUUGAAAGUGCAGUUGCAACAGAAAAACCAAUGCUUGGACUCGAUCGAAUCAGAAAUGGAACACUUGCGUUUAGCUAACGAAGAAUUACAAGCUGACAUGUCCGCGUGUCGUCAGAAGGAAGCUGAUAUGUUAGAUUUUACGCAAAAAUUAACAGACAAAAACGUACGACUUCAGUCGGAAUUUACGGCUAUCGAAGCAAAGGUCAAACACCUGGAAGAAAAUCAUGGGCCGCUACACGAGCGGAUAAGCUAUUUAACUGGCAAAAUUAAAACGCUGGAAGAGAGUCUUGCGAAAGAACAAAAAAUGAGAAUAGAAGAGUGCGAGAUACUAGCUAGACAUCUUGCUGAGCAGACUCAACUAGCCCAAAAUCUUGCUCAGAAAUUGGAAGACAGUCAAGGGGAAAAUGCUGUGCUCAAGAGAAAACAGCAAAUAAGUAUGAAAGAGAUGACACGAGAAUUACAACAGUGUCGAAAGAAGCUAGAAGCUUUCGAGACAUCAUCGCCUUACAAUUCACUGGGCAUCGCGUCCAGGACUGGAUCAAGUAUAUCACUUAAUACAGGAGAUACUUUAAAUGGUGCCUUAUCCGAUAACAGUAUCAAUGGUGACCAAAGCAUUCAAUCUAUGGAACCUAGUAAACAAACGUUAAUAGAUCGUAUUAUAAAGUUGCAAGAAGAUAAUGCUAAAAAAGCAGAGAAACUAGACUUUUUCGAAGAACAUACCCGAACCCUCGUCGAAGAGUUACAGAAAAAGACGAGAAUCAUACAAACUUAUAUUUUACAUGAGAAUACUGGUGCCAUGGGUAACAACGAGCGAGAUAAAUAUAAGCAUAUCAAAAGCAGGAGAAAUGCAGCUGAAUUAGCGAGACACGGGGGAAUAAUGGCCUCAGUAUACAACCAACGUGUUUCGGAUGAUAAUAUGACGCUGGAAUUAUCGUUAGAAAUAAAUCAAAAGUUGCAAGCUGUUCUCGAAGACGCGUUAUUUAAAAAUAUUACCUUAAAGGAUAAUAUUGACACCCUGGGCGAAGAAAUAGCGAGGUUAACUAUCCAUAAUCAACAAAGGAAAAUUGCAAAUUGAAAGUACGUAAAAAUAGUACACUUGUACUUACAUAGUAAAAAAAAAACGGAGUAACACAUGCAUGUAUUAAAAAUAUGAAGAUUAUUAUUCAAGAGAUUUAUCGUAUAUAAGGUACUAAUACCAACUUAAAUGUCAUAUAUUAAAUACGCAGAAGUUAUAACAUGAUUACCGAAUUGUCACCUCGAAAAAAGUUAUAUUUUCAUUUGAGUAAAAAUAUGUAUAUUUUCUAUUUAAUGAUA